AGCCAUGUGAAAUACACGGACCCAUUGCCGUAUUUUGCAAUUUAUCCAUGGGAUUACAAAGCGUCAGUAAGGGGAUACAUUGGAGCUGUGAUUUUCCAGGGGUUUGGUGUCGCGAAAUUUGUGUUUAUUGUUGUAGGUUUCGACACCGUUUUCACUACAAUGACUGUAUAUUCGGGAGCUCACCUGAAAGUCCUAAUGGAAGCUCUAAGGACAAUUCGUGUUCGAUCAUACAGAAGAAUGAAUGUCAGUUACGUUCCAAAAUUGUACGAUACUGACAAAGGAGUUCAUGGGAUUAUGGAUGAGGAAAUAAAUAUAUGCAUCGUCCACCUCCAAACGAUUUUCAGGAUGUGCGAGACUAUCGAAGACACCUUUAAUGUUAUAGCCCUUUUACAAAUUCUACAAUCUGUGACGGUUCUUUGUGCAGGUCUAUAUGUGGUUUCUGAGGUACCAAUAACGAGUGGGAAAUUCUUUGCAGAAUUGGCAUACCUUCUGGCUGUAACUUGGCAAAUUUUUCAAUAUUGUUGGUAUGGAAAUAAACUCACACAAAUGAGUUUGGCGACAUCUGAUGCCCUGUUUGAAGGAGAUUGGCUAUGCGCUUCUAAAUCCUUCAAAAUGAAAAUGGUCUUUUCCAUGUGUCGAUUGGGAAAACCCGUUAUUUUCACGGGUGGUAAACUUACAUUGUUAACACUACCAACUUUCGUUUCGAUUGCACGUUUUUCUUAUUCAAUCUAUGCCAUUUUGAAGAAUGGUUCAGGAGGGCAGUAG